AUGAACGGAGUCGUGCGACUGCGCGGGAACUCCCGAGAAUGCUCGAGCAGUAGCGAGCGGCCGCUGGCAAUAUCCCGCCCCUCGCGCCUGCUCCCCGCGCGCGUCUGUAGCGAGCUCGCGAGCGAGUAUUCGUUCGCAUUCAUUCCUUGCAGUGCGGCGAAUACAGAAGUGAUGGAAAUGGAUGAAGAAAAGCUUAUUUAUUUAGUCCAAAUGUACGACUGCCUAUACAAUAUAAAAUCAAGACAUUACAGCGAUAAAAACAUAAAAAAUAACGCUUGGCAGAAAGAAGAGCGGCCCGUGAAUUCAUCGCGGGCGGGCUCGAAAAGGCGCGCGGAGUCCCGCGACUUCGCGAGCAUUCCAGCGAAUUCUCGAGCAGUCGCGGGAAUCCGCGCGCGUUCUGUACUGAGCGGGUCGCUGCGCUUCGCUGCCCUUCGCCGCGCUUUUGGUGUGAAUUGA